GGGUGUACUGAUAGUGGUACUGGUAUAGUUAAAUAUUACUGGUGUAUUGGUACUGGUAUUAGUACUACAGAUUGUAAUAUACACGACUGGAAGAAUGUAGGAUUAAAUACUAGAGUGUCUGUAAACCUAACCUCACCUUUAAAUCAUGGUAUAAAAAUUUAUAAUAAAGUGUAUGCUGUAGAUGGGAGUGGGUUGAAAUCUGAUGUAGUAGUGUCUGAUGGUAUUACAAUUGAUACCACGCCCCCAGUACCGGUUGAUAUAAAAUAUAUUGGAGAAAAUCUCAUCGCCAAUCCAUCAUUUGAAGAAGGCGUGACGGAAUCAAAUAAGGAAUGUGAUGACCAACCACCAGCUCCUUGGUUUAAAGACACCACCUCUUGUAUUAAAAUCAUCCAAUCACAACCGUCCGUUUCAAACGAAGGCGAAACAUAUAUAAAAGUGAGAGGUCAUAUUCAGCAAACAGUGUUUAAUUUAAACACCCAAAGUGCUUACCAUGUUAUUGUACAUGUCGGAUACCCACAUGACGUUAGCAUUCAGCAUCACAACGUGGAAGGUUUCGUGCAAUUCGGACAAGAAACUCACACUUUCAGCCUUGACCCAGAACGAUGUCAGGGGAUAUGUACCAUCGACCAACAGCCAUUAAUAUUAUGGAAUAAAUUUACUUAUGUAUUCCAUCCAAGAGAAGCAAGAGAAGUGAUAAGAAUUGGUACAAGUAAAUUACAUAUGAUAUUAGCUGUAGAUGAUGUAUAUGUACAACAAGUUAAUUAUAUAGAUAUAACACGUGAUUCUAAUCAUUUAAUACAUCAUACAGUGUUUAGACCUUAUUGGUCAUCUCUUCAUCUUACCUGGCAUUUUAAAGAUGAUCAAAGUCCUAUUACAGAUUAUCGAUGGGCGCUAGGAACCGUGAAAGGUGGAAACCAGAUUCGGUCGUUCACAAAUGUUGGCAGAAAUCAGCAAGUUACAGCAUCCGGUCUCCAAUUAGCCCAUAAUACACUACUUUAUCUGACCGUGAUGUCAACAAAUGGCGCCGGACUAACAACUGUCAGCCAAUCAGAGAGUAUUGUUGUCGAUAUGACUCCGCCAAUAAUAUCAGAGAUAAACGAUGGUAUAGCGAAUGAUGUAAAUUUCCAGCUGACGAAACGUGUAUCAGUUAAUUGGGAAAUAGGAGAUCCAGAAUCAGGAAUAGAAUAUUGUCAAUGGGCUAUAGGUUCAACGCAAGGCGGUGUUGAUAUACAGCCAUUUACUCCUGUACCAGAUAAACAAUCAUUUGUUCAAGUUGAACUCAGUGUUGAUCAAAUACAGAACUCUAAACUAGUUUAUUCUACUGUAAGAUGUUAUAAUAAAGCUGGAUUGCCAACUACAGCUACUACUGAUGGCGUUCUGGUUAUAAUCAAAAUGGCUGCCAUAGCGGACGGUCAGAUCGCUAUUCAUGAAGAUGGAGUAUCUGCAUAUCCGGUGAAGGAUGAUUGUUAUCCAGUGACUAAUAGUUUACGAUUAAAAUGGGAUUUAGAAAAUAUCAGAGUUGAGACCAAGUCUAUAAAGGUAUCAGUGUAUGGUCAAGGUUAUAAUUUAGAUAAAGAAGUUCGAGUUACAGAGAUUGGUUAUAACCAGGCUAAAUUAAGAAGUUUAUCACUACAACCUAACUCUAACUAUAAUGUUAGUGUUUCUACUAUUAAUGUAUUAGGAAGACAAGACAAUUCUAUAUCAACAGUAAUAUCAUCUGUAGCACAACCUCCUAUUUUACAAGCGGGUUCAAAAUUACUAAUUUCCAGAUCAUUUGAUGGUAAAUCAAUGGAAAUGUCAUGGAGAGAUUUAUUUACGUCCGCAUGGAAGAACCUGUAUUAUGAAGUCAGUUUAGGAACGUCCCUGGGAGGAGCGGAUGUUAUGCAAUGGCAGGAGACAAAAGUUGCCUCCCUUACCAUCCAGAUGCCUGAUAUAUCGGAAUUACCAGAAUUAUAUUUAACAAUAACAGCGGUCGACCCCUGCGGCCUUUUCCUACAUUAUAAUCAUACCAUUGUACUUUAACAUACUGAUGUUAUUAUUUCAAAAUAUCUUGCUGAUUACACUAUUUUGCUUGAAUACACUAUUUUGCCUAUAACGUUUUUUAGGACUUGGAUUGUUCGUACUUGGUUUUAUUUUAUUUCUAGAUUGUUUCUACAAUAUUACCUAAUGCAAAUGAUUGUGAUUUGUUUCCCCAAUAUUUUUAAAAAAUAUAUUUAACA